AUCAAUGGCAACCCUACCGUGCCGCAAACGUGAAGUAAACACGCAAGAUGGACAGAGGUGUACAGUCGUCACUUAUCCUUCAGAAAAAUUUAAAAGACAACACGGAGGAGCUGCAUGACUUCCUGGCAGACCUGAAGAACUGGGAAAAGGAGAUGAAGGAGGUGGACCAGAGGCUGGCCAGUCAGUCCAGUAGUAAAGACAAGGCAAACAGUGACGAGAGCCCCACAGCUCACCCUGUGCGGUCAAAAAGCCACCAGGGCUCAGCCAAGUCCAUCUUGAAACAGACGGAGAACAACAAACAAGUGGAGAUGAACAAGCAGAUGGAGAACAAUAAACAAACGAUAAUGAAUGACAAAAACAACAAGAAAAACACAAAGAGGCUGCCUUGUGACUAUGCUGCAUGGGACAAAUUUGACGUGGACAAGGCUCUGCAAUCAUCGUCAUCAGAGGAGGAGAAGGAGGAGGAAAAGGAGGAACACAAGCAGCCUAGCCCAAAGACCACACCACCUGUCAAUAUCCUACCAGCGAAUAAGAAAGAACGUGCCACUGCUCUGAAGGAGGAGGGCAACAAACUAUACAGCAAGGGACGCCUGGAAGAUGCUGUGGCCAAGUACACACAAGGAAUGGCCCUUGACCCCACCAAUCCCCUGCUCCCGGCCAACAGGGCCAUGGCGUACAUCAAGUUGAAGAAGUACACAGCAGCAGAGGCUGAUUGUAACAGGUGUCUGAAGCUGGACUGUGACUACAUCAAGGGGUACCUGCGCAGGGCCACUGCACGACUCAACCUUGGCAAGGAGGAGCUGGCACGACGGGAUUGUCUCAAGGUGUUGGAGAUGGAGCCAGGCAAUAAGGAAGCCAAGAGGGAACUCGAAAGGUUACGUGGCAUGGCAAGCAGCCGAGAGGAGAAUAAGACAAGCACAGAACAAGAGGUUAAGAACAAUAGACUUGGGAAGGAGAAGGUUGCUCAAGAUGCCCCAGAGACAAAGAAGGAAGGAGUGGCUGCUGGUAAGGGAAAUGAACAGAGCGAGGCAGUACAGGCAACUUCCCACAAGAGGAAAGAAAAUGGGAAAAAGAUGAAGAUUAUUGAAGUCAAUAGUAGUCAGGAGGACAAAGCACCACCCAAAGCCAACCAGAUCCUGCCCAUUGUGAAGCCACCUCAUCUCAGGUCUAAGAAGCCACUGAGAAGGAUACCUGUUAAGGACAUUGGCACAUGGGAGGACAUGAAGAAGAAGCCUGUGGUGGAGGCAAAAAUGGCUGACACCAGUGGGGGUGGUGGUGGUCAGCAGGACAAGACCAAGGAAAGGAAGGCAGCAUCACCCACAAAGACAUCAGCGUUGGUGAGCAGUAAACCAUUUGUGCCAUCAGUGCCAAAAACUUCACACCAGUUCACCCAAGACUGGCAUCGACUCUCAAACCAAACAGAGGCAGCCUGUGAAUAUCUUAAGAUGAUUCCUCCAGCCUUCUUCCGCACUGUUGACCUGGAGACUGGUAUGUUGGUGGAGGUAGCAAAGGUUCUGUUGAGAGAGGAAGUGUCACCUUCUUUGGCAGCUCAGUACCUCUCUGCCCUCUCAGUGUCACAUGGCUUCUCCAUCAAUCUCAUGUUCCUGGAAGCUGACCAUAAGCAAGUUUUUCUCAAUUUGACUUCAAAAUGCCAGCAAGUUGAAGAUCACAGAACAAAGAUGGAGGAGCUCAAGGCAGCCAUUGAGUCAUCUUAGGAAGGAUCGGCACUCCAGUAUUUGCUCAUCACCGCUGCAAGUUAAUUUCCUCACGCAUCACACUUGUAAAUCAGAGCAUUUUUUUUUUCUUUUUACAUCCUUCUGGAUCAUCAUUGAACCACUAUGAAUUAUUUGCCUUAAUAAACAUUCAAAGUAAA